GGCGGAGCGGCGGCAGCAGCAGGAGGCGCCGAGCACCCAGCGCAGCAGCAGAGCUCCGCUCAGCGCGCACACCCCGCAGCUCAGCCCGUGCCGCCUGAGAGCCGCCGCCGCUGCCGCGAUGGCGAGGAAGAGCAGGAGGAGCUGCGACUGCCAGCGCUUCCUGAGGAACAACUGGCUGCUGCUCAGCACGGUCUGCGCCGUGGUGCUGGGUAUUGGGGUAGGAGUUCUAGUACGAGAAUAUGGCAAGCUCUCCAACCUGGAUAAGUUCUACUUUGCAUUUCCUGGAGAGGUUCUGAUGAGAAUGCUCAAACUCAUCAUUCUACCCUUGAUCAUAUCAAGCAUGAUUACAGGUGUUGCUGCUUUGGACUCCAGCGUUUCUGGGAAGAUCGGUUUGCGUGCCGUUGUGUAUUAUUUCUGCACUACAGUCAUAGCUGUAAUUCUAGGGAUUGUGCUAGUUGUGACCAUCAAACCUGGGGUGUCUCAGAAAGCUGAUGAAAUUGACAGAACAGGCAGUACCCCUGAAGUCACAACAGUGGAUGCCAUGCUAGAUCUGAUUAGGAAUAUGUUCCCAGAAAACCUCGUCCAGGCUUGUUUUCAACAGUAUAAAACCAAACGUGAAGAAGUGAAACUUACAAAUGAACUGGAAAAAAACAGCACUACAGUUACAGAAGAGCCUGUUACAAUUGUCAUGACAACAGAGGUUUUGGAGAACAAAACCAAAGAAUACAAAAUAGUGGGCAUGUAUUCCGAUGGCAUUAAUGUGCUAGGCUUGAUUGUCUUUUGUCUUGUCUUUGGAAUUGUUAUUGGGAAAAUGGGAGAAAAGGGACAAGUUCUGGUGGACUUUUUCAACGCACUGAACGAUGCCACAAUGAAAAUUGUUCAGAUAAUCAUGUGGUAUAUGCCACUUGGCAUUUUGUUCUUGAUUGCUGGGAAAAUAAUAGAAGUUGAGGACUGGGAAAUCUUUCGCAAACUGGGUCUUUAUAUGGCAACAGUACUAAGCGGACUUGCAAUCCAUUCCGUUGUAGUUCUGCCACUGAUCUACUUAAUAACAGUAAGGAAAAACCCUUUUCAGUUUGCCAUAGGGAUGGCUCAGGCACUUCUGACAGCCCUCAUGAUCUCCUCCAGUUCAGCAACUCUGCCUGUCACCUUUCGCUGUGCAGAAGAAAAAAACCAUGUCGACAAAAGAAUUACCAGAUUUGUUUUACCAGUCGGAGCUACAAUCAACAUGGAUGGAACAGCCCUCUAUGAAGCUGUGGCAGCUGUGUUUAUUGCACAACUUAAUGACUUAGAGUUGGAUGUGGGCAAAAUAAUCACCAUCAGUGUCACAGCUACUGCGGCCAGCAUCGGAGCUGCAGGGGUCCCCCAGGCUGGACUCGUCACCAUGGUGAUUGUGCUGAGCGCAGUUGGGCUGCCUGCUGAAGAUGUUACCCUUAUCAUAGCAGUUGACUGGCUUCUGGACCGGUUCAGAACAAUGGUAAACGUCCUUGGAGAUGCCUUUGGUGCAGGGAUUGUGGAGAAGCUCUCCAAAAGAGAGCUAGAGCUAAUGGAUGUCUCUUCUGAAGUCAACAUAGUCAAUCCUUUUGCCUUGGAAACAACAAUACUUGAUAAUGAUGAACCAGAGACCAAGAAAUCCUAUGUCAAUGGAGGUUUUGCCAUAGAUAAAUCUGACACCAUAUCAUUCACCCAGACAUCACAAUUCUGAAGCCUACAGUUCCGCUGACACUAAAGGAUAAUUAAGAAAAAGAUAACAAAAACUUGAGUAUAUUUGAUUUGAUACACAGACUUCCAUUUUUUUCCCCACUGUUUGGAUUCGCAGCAUUUGGUCCCUGUGGGCAAGUUGUAAAAUAUGUCAUUUUUUAAUCAUGUAAGAUGAAUGAGGCUUUGGAAUGCCUAUUUGGAAUCAUCUAGCUCAUAAGCUGAUGUUAGAACCAGGCCAGUGAAGUGAAGCAAAUGUGCUUCUCUCGCGCAAAAUGCAGUGCUUCACACCUCUCUUCCAUUCUGCCACUCUCUGUAUGGAAUUCUUGUUAAUAUUUUUGCCUUUCACAUUUUUACAAAUGACACUGCAUAUAAAACACCUACUGUAACUUGAUAAUGUGCCAAAUUGUUCACUUCUGCAGCUGGUUUGAACAACACAUAAGGCAAACAGUUUUAGAAAGAAAACAGGCCUUAAGGGUUCUGCAAUAAGUGUUUUAACAUUUAUGAGGUUUUAUGUUGCUUUUAUUUUAAGCAUUAUGGAUGUUGGAAGUUAUUGGUCAAGGAAAAGCUUCUAAUGUUAUAUAGUUGAUUUCCCCCCCUAUGAAUGCCAACAGAGAGCAGAACUGAAUUCUGCAUGUGAAGCAAAUUGCUACAGGUUUGCUCUUCUUUUACUUGCAUGAAUUAUUGCAAAAUGAAACUCUCUGCCAACUUAGGUCCACUUUGGUAGUUUAUUAAAACAUCUCAAUUGGAAGUAGCAAGAAGACAGCUUCAGUAUUGUCCAUUUUUUAUUUUAGCCUAGUAUUUCUCAGAUGCAGGAAAGGCGGAGGUCACGAAGAUUAAAAUAGCUACUCCUGGGGUGACUUCCAAAUCUUUUCUGCUUGGUAAAAGAGGACAUAAUAUCAAGUGUAGAUGAGGCACUCCUUUUUCUGGAGAGAUGCUACUGGCUAGCUACGCUUUUACACAGCUAGUUCGUUUGUUUGCUCCUUGGUUUAAUUUCUUGGUUGAACAUGUGUAAUUUUGCAGCUGCAAAAGCCCUAUGCCCCACCAUUUCAGUGCCAAGCCCUACCAGCUAAAUCGUUCUAUUUUAUCAAAGUUUCUGGACUAAGGAAGCCAUGUGUUUUAGUGACUUGUUAUACAAAGUGACGACAUCACCAUGGGCUUCUUCAUAAAGACGUUCCAUAAUGUCAAGCUUCUAUACAUUGCUGGAUACGAUAUUUCCAUGGUGCAACAUCAUUCCCCAGAGGGAGGAAUCGUUGUUAAGAACAAACUGUUUGCGUUGCAUAUCUACACCAUGUCAGCCAUCUGAUUUGCAGAGCAAAUUGAAAUUCAUACCCAAAAGUCUUUUUUCUUCAAUAAAAUUGUAGUAAACACUAAAUUACAUUUACAUGCUGUCAAAAUAUUCAAGUUCCUGGAUUGUUAGAUAGUAAAUUCAACGCUGCACUUUUGUAUUUACGUAAACCUGGAAAUGUGCCAAAGAGAACUGAGAAAAAAAUAAUCCUUACGGUAGGUUUUGAUAAAUUGCACCUUAAAUUAAAUCUGCGAGACAUAAUCCUGUAUGUAUUUAAAAUAAACAUUGUAAACUAUAACACAGUGUGACUCUAAAGUAAAAAUACUGAUAUGUUUAUACAAAAUAAAGGAGUAUACAAACUAAGUAAAUCAAUGCUUUGCUGUGUGCAGAACUAGUAUAUAAAAAUCUUCAUUUGUCCAGCAUUGUUAAUAAGAGAAAAAAACCACCAAUUCCCAUAGUUGUCUAUAUUGUGCUUUGCCUUCUUUUUUUGGUGUGUGUGUUAAGUAUUUUUUUGUAACCAGCCUCUUAUAAGGCACUAUGGAUACUGUUCCCACUGUGAUCUAAAUAAAUAUUUAUUUAUUUCA